AUGUCUCGGGCUGUUCGUUUUCCAGUCCCUUGUCCGGUGCAGCUUGGUACCUUAAUAGAUGACUCCUUGGAAGCUCAGCUUCAUGAAUAUGCCAAACAAGGGAACUAUGUGAAAGUGAAGAAAAUUCUUAAGAAAGGAAUCUGUAUAGAUGCAGUUAACAGUCUGGGCCAGUCAGCACUUUUUGUUGCAGCAUUAUUGGGCCAUGUAAAGUCAGUUGAUGCUCUGGUGGAGUAUGGCUCAGAUCCAAAUCAUCGCUGUUUUGAUGGGAGCACUCCUGUUCAUGCAGCAGCUUUCUCAGGCAGCCAGUGGAUCCUCAGUAAACUGCUGGAUGCAGGGGGUGACCUGCGACUCCAUGAUGACAAGGGUCGAAACCCUCAGGACUGGGCCUUGGCAGCAGGGAAGGAUCGUAGCGCUCAGAUGGUAGAGUUCAUGCAGCGCUGUACUUCACAUAUGAAGGCUAUCAUCCAGGGCUUCUCCUAUGACCUCCUGAAGAAGAUAGACUCUCCUCUGCGGCUCAUCUGUAGUCCACCGUGGUUUGGUAGCCUCAUUCAGGGAAGCCCAAGUAGUUCUCCUCAUCGACAGCUUAAACCAGGAAUCAUUUCUGCCCAAAACAUCUACAGCUUUGGCUUCGGGAAGUUUUAUCUUACUUCAGGACUGCAGCUCACUUACCCGGGAUCUCUUCCAGUAAUUGGAGAAAAGGAAGUGAUUCAAGCUGACGAUGAGCCUACCUUCUCUUUUGUCAGUGGGCCCUACAUGAUCAUGACCAACCUUGUGUGGAACAGGAGCCGAGUCACGGUGAAGGAGCUGAACCUUCCCAGCCAUCCUAACUGUAGCAGACUAAGGUUGUCUGACUUGCUGAUUGUUGAGCAGGAGCACAGCAGCAAUCUGCGGCAUCCUAACCUGCUGCAGCUGAUGGCUGUGUGUUUGUCCCGGGACCUAAAGGAAAUCCGCCUGGUUUAUGAACGUAUCACAGUCGGCACACUGUUCAGCGUCCUCCAUGAACGACGGUCCCAGUUCCCAGUGUUGCACAUGGAAGUGAUUGUGCACUUGCUGCUCCAGAUUGCUGAUGCCUUGAUAUACCUGCAUUCCCGCGGGUUUGUCCAUCGCUCCCUCAGCUCCUAUGCCGUGCACAUCGUCUCUGCAGGAGAGGCAAGGCUGACCAACCUGGAAUACAUGAUGGAGAGCCAGGACAGCGGUAUGCAGAGAGACAUGACUCGAGUGCCCCUCCCCACCCAGCUGUACAACUGGGCUGCACCAGAAGUGAUCUUACAGAAGGCAGCCACAGUGAAGUCAGACAUCUACAGCUUUUCCAUGAUCAUACAAGAGAUCUUAACAGACAACAUACCGUGGAAUGGCUUGGAUGGCUCAAUUGUUAAAGAAACCAUAGCCUUGGGAAAUUAUUUAGAAGCUGACGCCAGGCUUCCGGAACCUUACUAUGGUAUUGUUAAGUCAGGUAUCAGUGCCCAGCAGAAAAGCCGAACAAUGAACCUACAAGACAUUCGGUAUAUUCUGAAGAAUGACCUGAAGGAGUUUAUUGGAGCUCAGAAAACUCAGCCAACAGAGAGCCCCAGAGUACAGAGAAAUGAAUCCCAUCCUGACGUUAAUGUCUAUCUAGAACUAACUUCAGAAUAUCAAAAAGACACUCCAGACUUGGACAUCAGAGAGCUAAAAGAAAUGGGUAGUCAGUCACCAACAGGUCACUCCUCUCUCACUGACAAAACACCAUCAGCUCCUCAGGUCCUGGAUUCAAGUCCUUCAGCCCAGGAACCUGAGAACCCAGAUGCUCCUUUUCCUCCUGCUUCAUGCUUGUCAGAAGGUGUCAGGAGCCCCAUUCCAAGUCAGGCCAGCCUCUGCAGCUUUGAAAUCAAUGAAAUCUACUCAGGCUUCCUGAACCUGAGAAUUGACAAAGAGGAAGAAUGCCCAGGGAUUACUUCAUCUCCUGAGGGGGAUAAACCAAACCAGGUAGAUGAACUGCCAUCCCUGGAAGAAGAGCUUGAUAAGAUGGAGAGAGAAUUGCAUUGUUUUUGUGAGGAGGACCAAAGCUUUUCAGAAGUUGACAGAGAACUUUCCUUUGAGGAUGGGGACUGGCAAAGUGACUCAUUUAGUUCACUCAGCCUGUCUGAGCCAACCAGAGAAACCAAGGGCAAAAUGAGCAGCUGGUCUAAGACUGAUGAGGUCGUCAGUAAGAUUGUGCUGAAUCUAAAGAUUUCACAGGUAAUGGUGCAACAGAAUGCUGAGUGGCUGAAGAAACUUGAGCAGGAAAUAAAUGAACUUGAGUUGGCACAGAAGGAGCUGGACAAUCAGUGCAGGAGUUUGUGGGAUGCUUCAUUAAGGUUUGCAAAUGCCGAGUUCGUAUUACCUGUGGGCCCUCCAUCUUUGACCUAUAUUCCUCCUGUUAUACAAUUAUCAGAGCCCAAGCAGUCAGAAAAUGGUGGCAAUUGGUUGACCCUAGCAAGGUCUCCAGGAAAUGAGAGAGACUUCCAAGAGGAACAUUUUGGCAAAAAGUCUGAGAAACGAAGUGACUGUGGAUGGAAGCCUUUCACACAAGUUUCUGAAGAAAGCAGCGGGGACCAGUCAGAGCCAAACAAUCAGCUGCCAACUCUUUGUGGUCCUGGGAGGCAGAACACAGGUGGACAAAUCCCAUUCACUCAAGAAACAAAGGAGAGUUUUGAAAGAAAUACAAACCAAAACAGUAGAAGUAUGGACUCUGUGUCUUCAAAAAUCUGUAAUACAAAGUCAAGAAAUAAUGAGGAUGACAGAGAGGCACGUUUCAAAUGGAAAAUGGCAGUAAAAGAGAUGGCAGAGAAAGCAGUUUCUGGGAAACUCCUAGUGCCUCCUUGGAGUCCUCAGAGUAGUUUGCCUUUUGAGAGGAAGGUUGAAAAUGAGAGCAUUCGUUUGCCACGGCCCCCAAUUAGAGGUCCCAAAAGCACAGCAUGGCAGCACGUUGUAGAAAAUCAAAGGGAAAACGGUGAGCCACAAGGAAGUAAGAAGUUUGACAAAGUGGACAACAGUGUCUGUGACAAGAACAAGCAUAACAGACAGACAGGCCUUCAGAGCUUCACGAAUAUUAGAUACCCAUUCUUCAUAGACCAUGAGCAGCCAGAGCAUAGUGAAGCCUCGCAAGCAAGCUGUGACAUGUCUCUGGGUACUGAGAAGUUUUACAGUACCUCAAGUCCCAUAGAAGAGGACUUUGAAGGAAUCCAGAGUUCUUUUGUGCAGUCUCAAGGCUAUGUUGAAGAAAAGUUGCAAAUAAUGGAAACCUUUGGAAAGAAUGCUGAGAUUUUUUCCGAGCCUCAGUUCCAAGCUACUCAAUGUGCUGAAGAUGAGCAAGAAGAGACACUAGAGGACCCACCAAAGGAACCAAAAGAGAAAGACAUAUCACUGACAGACAUUCAAGACUUGUCCAGUAUCACCUGUGAACAAGACGGCUAUUUUAAAGCAACCUCAUUCAAAACACCCAAAUUAAAACACGAACCUACUAGUGUCAGCACUCCGCUCAGUCCAGAGUCAAUUUCUUCAGCUGCUAGUCACUAUGAAGAUUGCCUUGAAAAUACCACAUUUCAAGUUAAAAGAGGAUCUACAUUUUGUUGGGAUGGUCAAGAAGCUAUGAGAACUUUGUCUGCCAAAUUUAUAACUGUCCGAGAGAGAGCUAAGAGCCUGGAAUCUCUCCUUGCUUCUUCUAAAACCCUACCUGCAAAAUUGGCUGAUCCUAAAAAAUGUGUGUACACUGGGACUGGUUCUUUUAACAUUUCUGCAGCAUCUGUGACAGCAACCCAUGCUACCCAAAGGAUGAGCCUACCUGGAGAACUAGUGGAAGCCACCUCUCAGCAUCAUUUUGAUGAGCUUCCACCACCAGCUCAGGAACUACUUGAUGAAAUUGAGCAUCUGAAGCAGCAGCAGGGCUCCUCCAUGGUGUCACAUGAGAACACAGCACAUGAUCUGAGUGUCACUGAAAGUGGUAAAAAGCAUUUGGAAGAACAAGAAACCAACAGUAGUAAAGAAGGCAGUUUUCUUUCCACCAAAGAAAUUCAGGAUCUGGAAGAUACGGAGAGAGCUCAUUCUUCUCUUGAUGAGGACCUGGAAAGGUUGCUGCAAUCACCUGAGGAGAAUUUGGCACUACUGGACACCCACAAGGACUCUACAAGGGAAGAAAAAAACAAAGAUCAAGACUUUGUUGAACUGAAGAGAAAAAGGAAAGAAAGCAUCAAGCCAGAGAGAAGGAGAUCAGACAGCUUUUUAGGUACUUUGGAAGAAGAUGAACUAAAACCCUGUGUUUGGAAGCGACUGGGUUGGUCCGAACCUUCCAGGAUAAUUGUGCUGGAUCAGAGCGACUUGUCAGAAUGAUUGGAACUGGAUCGUGCAGGCUCUGUGGCUUGUGGCCUCCUUCCUUCUUUUAUCUGCUUCAGUUGGCUCAAGGACAGUGGUUCCAGUCUGUAACUCACACUUUGUUCUGCUGCUACCAUGGGCACAAUAAUGUGGCCCUAUCAUGUGUAGCAUGCCUAAUCAUUUGUUUUAAAUAAGGUUUCUGAAAAAUGCAAGGUAACCAUAAUGACAAACAUUUUGU